AUGCAGCGCUUUAGUUAUCUACAGAACCUGAGGCGCCCGUCGCAGGCUGACAAGCCGCAUGAUCCAGUCCUGACGACCGAAGACGAGCAAUUUCUACAGUCAGUUACUGCUCAACCUCCAGAGGCAGAGGCUACAUUGUCAUUGAACGGUGAUGAGAAUGUCCGUCCGUCUGUCGAUGCCUCAAGCACAGAGGCAUUCAAUAUCCCCCUACCAACUUCCCCGGUUGAGGAGUUCAAGCAGCUUGGCGAGGAGGAGCGAAAAGCGAGUAAUGCCGGAGUCGUCCGUACGGAUUCGAAGCUUUCCCAUGUUGAGAGCACUUCGCCUUCGGAUAAGAAGAAGGGACUAUGGUCUUGGUUGCGUAGGAGGGGCACAAGCUGGAAGAAGAAGGACAAAGAACCGACAGCACCCGCAGAGCCCAAUGUCUCGCAAUCCCUUCAAUCCUCCGAUCCUGCCAAGAGCGAAGCGAAGCAAGAGACGGAUGAGAUGACGGAGAUCCUGGAGCGUCUCAACUUAGCUGCUGAUAACAACUGUGUCUUCUCGAUCAGCGAUGAGACACAAGAGCUCCUACGCAAGUUCACACUCAUCUUCAAGGACCUCAUAAAUGGCGUACCCACCGCUUACCACGACUUGGAGAUGCUCCUUAGCAAUGGCAACAAGCAGCUACAGCAGACAUACUCGCAACUUCCAGGCUUUCUUCAGAAACUGGUUGAGAAACUCCCGGAGAGAUGGACCGAGACAUUGGCGCCGGAGGUUCUCGCAGCGGCUAGCGAGAGGGCCAGCCGAAGCGGCCUCAAUGUUGAGAAUGUAGGCAAAGCGGCUGCAGCUGCUAAUAAGAUGGGCAUCAAGGUGCCAAGUCUGAAGGAGCUAGUUGGUAAGCCUGCUGCCAUUGUGGGCAUGCUGCGGUCCAUUAUGGCAUUUUUGAGAGCGCGAUUCCCAGCAGUCCUGGGAAUGAAUGUGCUCUGGUCUUUGGCCUUAUUCAGUAGGUAUCUUCUACUAAAAUUAGCAAACUGGCAUACUAACGGCGAAUGUUUCACACAGUCCUCCUAUUCGUCCUUUGGUACUGUCAUAAACGCGGCCGUGAAGUACGCCUAG